AUGUCUAACAAUCAAUAUAUUAGACUUCGGGAGCGACCCGCCAACUGUCCAGCCUUCGAACUUCUUGAGAAUGAUGUUGCAUCUAGUAGUCUUGCCGAUGUCAAUCCUAAUGAUUCUGCAAGUGCUCCUGCCAGUGCAUCUACUACUCUGAAUGCUGCCGCACCUAGUGUUCCUGCUGGUACCCCUGUCGAUGCUCCUGUCGAUGCUCCUGCUGGGGUUCCUGCUAUUGUUACAGCUAUUGCCCCUCCUGCUAUGAAUGCUUCUCUAUUCAGUGCUCCUGCUAGUAUUUCCAUCGGCACUCCUGCUGGCGCAUAUACUAUCCAAGUUACGUUCACAGUUGCUGCCCCUGUCGGCGUUCCUGCCGACGCUCCUGCUCCAUCGGUAGAGAUACUCAGGUAA